AUGAAUCUGGAGUGCAGACCGACGGCUCGCCAGUCCGGCUGGACGAGCUCGGAGCUCGAGAAGCUCUACAGGCUGCUGUCGCCGCUUUUUCGACUCUAUCAAGGCAAUGGCGACAAAUCGAAGAUCUAUCAAAAAAUCUCGCAUCAGCUUCAGCGCGAAGGCGUUGAUCGAGCGCCCACGCAGGUCCAAAAACGGUUGUGCAGCGACAAUAGGCGUAUGAAGGAGUUGCUGAAAGUAACGCGCGGCCAAGUGGAGAUCGCGAAUUUGCCUCGGUAUCUGGUCCCACUGUACAAACUGAUGUUUCCGGAUGCGGCCGCACAGAUGCCGGACAAUUUUUACGACGAUGAGCAUCUCCUCGACGACGUCGAUGAAAUCCCGACAAAAAGUGGCCUCGACCAGUUCCUGCUCGACGGCCCGGCUGCGAAAGUAGAAGUCGUCCCCAUCAACGAGGUGCCAUUGAACUUGCCGGCCUCGUCGAAUUAUGCCGAGAACAUUGAUGAUCUGCUGAAUGAAUCCGCUCCACUCGAAUCGAGGUCUGAACACUUGCCGAAGCCUACUCUGAAACGACCGGCCACAUCAGGCGCCCCACUGCUCGUCGACGAUUAUUCAGAUGAAAACGCGGCUCUUGAGGAGGAGAUUAUGCGAGCGAAGGUUCGCCGUGAACAACUCGACUUCGAGCUCCUCGACCAAAAACUGCGCCACGAGGCCGAACGCCACGAGCUCGAGGUCAAAUUCUUGAAGGCCAAGCUUGACCGGCUGCAGGGAAACCAAAUGGCAUUUGAA